UAUUUCUUAUUCUUUUCUGGUUCUUUUAGUUGUCCGUGCUUGCUUUUAUAAUCAUAUCUCUUAUAGAAAAAUUUUGAUUUUAAACAAAAAUGUUUCAGGGGAAAACGUAUUAUCCAAUAUAGAGUACUGAAUGCAUAUAUGUAUUUUUCGGAUGUUAUAUUCAACCUCUCUACUGUGGGACGCGAACAAAAAGAGAAAAUAAAUGUGUUAUAUUCUCUUGUAGAUGAGAUGAUACAGCAGUACAAAGAUGAAAUAAAUAAUUUGAAUACAACUAGGAAUGAAGAGAAGCGAACUCAUAGAACAUUUUUUGAUAUCCAAAUGAAUGCAUGCAGUAAAGAAAAUUUUACGCGAAAGGAAAUUUGUGAUAACAUAAUAACCAUGUUAAUAACGGGUAGUGACUCAAUCAGUACUACGAUAAAUUUUGUUCUCUUUAUGUUAGCAAAUUUUCCAGAAAUACAGGUAUGUAUAUAUUUAUUUGAAAAUAACUAAAUAAAUAAUUAAAUAAACGGAGCGUUGUAAAC